AUGACCAUGAUAUCCUUCCUGUUCAUCCUUUCGGCCUGGUUAUCUGCCUUCUCCAUGGUAUCAGCUACCCCAACCGCGGGUGGUGCUUCCAACACUACUGGGUCAUCAGUUAGUAGUCAAGCUACCAACGACGACGGUACAGAUGACCGCGGUGGCCUCCUUCACUUAGGAGUUGACGGUGUUCUGCGCAACUUCGAUGAUGACUGGAAUGUCGUCUCUUACAAGCAGCUCAGUCCGGACGAGAUUACCCGCAUGCUCCGGAGCCUCUCCUACGAUGACGAGACAAACAAAGAGCUGGUGGAGACCUUUAGGGGUGUGGACGGCCGCACCGUUACGGACGAGAAUGCGCUCUUGCAUCCUGACGAAGACGCUAUGCCAGUAUGGGCUCCGAAUUCGAAGCACGGCGACCAGCGAGAAGUGGACAAUUCACAGUCUACAUCCACGAACACUAAGGCGUUAAGUAGCAGAGGAGAGGGAAGACAUAAACAUAAACCUCCUCCUCUACCGUUCCCCGGCUCGCCCAAGCUCCCCAACCCGCUGAACUGCAUGACAUACAGGUGUAGGAGGCCGGAUGAUUGUCUGCUGUACAAUCACAUGUACCAUGCCGAAUGUUACUCUUGCAUCAUACCGGCUCAUCAGAACCAGGGACGUUGCAGUAGCUAG